GUCAGAUUCGCUCAGUCGCUUGGCCGCAUUACAGACCCGGGAAUUAUAACGCUCACUGCAAACGCUAUUUACAGCAGGCAGCCCGGCUUUAUUUCUCCGGUUGCGAAACGGUCAAAGUCGGAUCUGUCAUUCGACCCACUUGUAACUUGUGAAGUGACGGGAGCAUGGCGGAGCUCAGUACUAUUUUUCCUGGUGGACCGUUCACAUCCCUCAGGCCGGGCAACAGAACUUACUGUAACGUUAACAAAGACUUCACAGCGAAGUUCCUGCCCACCGUGUACACCAUCGUGUUUAUAAUGGGCUUCGUGGGGAAUUGCUGGGUGCUGGGAGAUAUGUGCUUGAGCCGGAGGAAAUGCAUCAACAUCACUGUGUUCUUAUUUAAUCUGGGCCUGGCUGAUCUCCUGUAUGUUACUAGUUUGCCCUUCCUGGUGGUGUAUUAUGUCAGAGAACGCCAUUGGAUGUUUGGGAAAGCGUUUUGCAGAAUAACGAGGCUCCUGUUCCACCUGAACUUGUACGGCAGCAUCGGAUUCCUCACCUGUAUCAGUGUGCAGCGGUACCUGGGCAUAGUGCACCCCAUGAAAGUGUUGGGCAGAUGGAAUCGCCGCCAGUCGCUGCUCUUCAGCCUCCUGGUCUGGGGGCUGGUUCUUACCCAAACCUCAGCCGAUCUACAUUUCACCAAGACGAACCUCAAUGGCACCAAAUGUUUUGACAGUGUUACGACAAGGGAACUGAGGGAAUACAUAAAGUAUAAUCUCGCCCUGUCCGUGACAGCUUUCUUCAUCCCCUUCCUCAUCAUUGUCGGCUGUUACAGCCAUGUUGUUCUGGUUCUGGUCCGCAACAAUAACGUGGACCCAGGCUUGAGGGACCGCUGCCUUAAGCUUGUGCUGAUCAUCACGGUUUUGUUUUCGCUUUGUUUCGCACCUUAUCACUUUCUGAGGAACGCGAACCUGAUCUCGAGGUACUUCCAACUCCAGGGCCAGUGCAUUCAAACUUUCAAAAACAUUUAUCUGGCUUACCAAGUGGCCAGGGCCAUGGCCAGCUUGAACAGCAUCAUUAACCCACUGGUUUACGUUCUGGCUAGAGACAAUAUGAAGUCACAAACUGAAAAGUUCGGAAGAGCUGCCAGUUCUUUGUCCUCAACACGUGUCAUCCAAGUGGCUGAACUGGAAAAGAACUUACUUAGUAGCCCAUAGAUAUUCAAUAGCUUUACAGCACCUCGUCACCUAUUAUAAAAUGUUCACGAUAUGCCAAAAGGCAUUUUAUUGCAUAUAUUACUGCUCCUGUUUAACUGUGCUAUAUAUACGUUUUUUAAAGCCCACAUUUAACUUUCUGUGCAUGAAUAUUACACUGAAUAGGGAACGGGGAGACUUCCUGUUUCUCAUAUAACAUUUCCUUUGGAGAAGAAAGUAGUUGUUUAAAAAUGCACAGAGGUUUUAACAUGCAUUUCCAGUAGGGCCAGCAUAAGUUUUAUAAAUACGCCAUAAACAAAUCGGAUCGGGACUGGAAAACAGAAAGAUUAACUUUCAUUUCUCUGCAUAGAAGUUGCUAAACCUGCUGGUUUUGUUCAUAAUGAGGCCAUUUCGGUGUGUAUAGAAACCAAAGAACGGCGGAUGCUGUAAAUCAGGAACAAAAACAGAAGUUGCUGGAAAAGCUCAGCAGGUCUGGCAGCAUCUGUGAAGGAGAAAACGGAGUUUUAACGUUUCGGGUCCGGUGACCCUUCCUCACUACCAUAAGUAGCAGCAGAGGCCAACAGCAACCACUCAAACACAAGGGAGGAAGGAAUAGAAGGAUAUGCCGGCAUAGUGGAAAGAGCGAAAUCUAGUGGAUGGAUGAACGUGGAAUGAGGAACGGUCACCGGACCCGAAUUAUCCUCCGACACUUCCGCCAUUUACAAUCCGACCCCACCACACCCGGCACCUUCCCCUGCAACCGCAGGAAAUGCUACACUUGCCCCCACACCUCCUCCCUCACCCCCAUCCCAGGCCCCAAGAUGACAUUCCACAUUAAGCAGAGGUUCACCUGCACAUCUGCCAAUGUGGUAUACUGCAUCCACUGUACCCGGUGCGGCUUUCUCUACAUUGGGGAAACCAAGCGGAGGCUUGGGGACCGCUUUGCAGAACACCUCCGCUCAGUUCGCAACGAACAACUGCACCUCCCAGUCGCAAACCAUUUCCACUCCCCCUCCCAUUCUCUUGAUGACAUGUCCAUCAUGGGCCUCCUGCACUGCCACAAUGAUGCCACCCGAAGGUUGCAGGAACAGCAACUCAUAUUCCGCCUGGGAACCCUGCAGCCUAAUGGUAUCAAUGUGGA